UUUUAUUACUCUCUUGUGUUUUGUGUCCACAAAAAAAAAAGUUUUUUUUGUGUGAUUUGUCUGUUGUUUUUUCUGGUGGACCAAAUGGAUUGGAUAACCAUAUUGUUGGGCAUCUUUGUCAUACUAGUCGGCAUCGGUUCCUAUAUCUAUCAGUUAUCCAAUGUAUUCCUCAAUUGUAAUCAAUGGCUAUCACCAGACGAUAAGUGCUUAGUGAUUACCGGCUGCGAUACGGGUAUUGGCCUCCGAGUGGCCAAACAUUUCUAUCGUAAAGGUUGUCUAGUGGUGGCCACUGUUCUGGAUUUGAGCAGCAAUGGUGCCAAAGAGUUGUCAGAAUUGUUGGCCACCGAUGUUGGCGGUGGCGGCGGCGGCAGCGGUGCUGAUGAUGAGGAUAACCGACAACCGAGACUAUUGGUCAUUCAGAUGGAUGUGACCAAAGAUAGUGAUGUCAAACAAGCGUUUAGUAAAGUCAGACAAUAUUUAAAUGAUAAUCAAUUGCAAGGUUUAUAUGCAUUGAUAAACAAUGCGGGCGUUUGUUUGAUGGGUGAGUUUGAUUGGCUUUCGUGGACACAAAUCCAGUCAGUAAUUGAUAUCAAUGUUUUGGGUACUAUGAGAGUUACCAAACAAUUUUUGCCAUUAAUUAUCCAAACACAAGGCCGUGUAAUUAACGUUAGUUCAAUCAAUGGUAGUAUAGCCUAUCCUGGCUUAUCCAUCUACAGUGCCUCCAAGUUUGCCAUCGAAGGCCUUAGCCAUUCCCUGCGCAAUGAACUAUCAAAAUUUGAUGUCAAAGUUAUUAUAGUAAAACCAGGCGACUAUGCUAGCCAUACAAAUAUUAUGGCUGGCCAUCAGCGUAAUGUCCAGGAAAUGAUGUCCGAUGGUAUGGAUACAGCAAAACGUCAACUGUAUGGCCAAUAUUUUCAUGAAUAUCAUCGACAAGUAUUGGCUAAGACGGGCCUAACUAGUUGUUCAAAAUCAAUUGAAUCGUCCGCAUUGUUUGGCGACUUCGAUGAAGCCGUACUGGCAGCUGAUCCCAGAUUAUAUAUAAUCAGUAGUUCACUAUUGUAUCGACUGUUUUAUACUGUACUAUACUUUAUGCCGAUGACCAUCGAAGACAAACUAUUUAGGACUGUUGUCUCAAAAAUUGUCGACUUCAAGACUAUAAUAUCAUCACCCGAUAGUUCAAUGAAAACAACGCCCAAUCAAUAAAUAAAACUUUUUUUG